GGGGGUGUGAAGUGAGGACCAAUGAGGGAGCAGCGUUGUGGUCCUCCACAAGGUCCACCACUCACUCCAUCUGUUGUUGUGGAAGCUGGUCUCAGCCUCCCUGUACACACACACUCCUCCUGGGCCGUCCCUACUACACCCACGCCCCCAACAUGAAGGCUGGAGCAUAUGAGUACGAGGAGGAUGGGGAGAAGGUGCAAGGUAACUCUAAGAAACCAAAUGGGUUACCAAUAUGGGGUAAUGAGAAGACAAUGAAUCUCAACCCACUAAUUCUGACGAACAUUCAGUCAUCACAGUAUUUCAAAGUAAACCUUUACCAGCUGAAAACAUACCAUGAAGUAAUUGAUGAGAUAUACUACAAUGUAACUCACUUAGAGCCUUGGGAAAAAGGAAGCAGAAAGACCUCUGGCCAGACUGGAAUGUGUGGUGGGGUACGAGGUGUUGGUGCAGGAGGAAUUGUCUCGACAGCCUUUUGCAUAUUAUACAAGCUUUAUACCCUUCGUUUAACACGUAAACAAGUCACAGGCCUGCUCAAUCAUGGGGAUUCUCCCUACAUCCGAGGGUUAGGUUUUAUGUACAUAAGGUAUACACAGCCACCUGCAGAUCUUUGGGACUGGUUUGAGCCUUACAUGGAUGAUGAGGAGGAAAUCGAUGUGCGGGCAGGUGGUGGACAGACGACGACAGUUGGUCAAAUAGUGCGUCACAUGUUGUCAAAGCUGGAUUGGUACUCCACCCUCUUUCCACGCAUUCCUGUGCCAAUCCAAAAAGAUUUGGAGAAGAAAUUAGCUGAACGUGCCUCUUGCAAACCAGCAGCUACUACAGUGACUGUUAACUCAGCAUCAGGCAAAAAUGACUGGUAUGGCACGAGAGCAGAAGCUGAUCCAUCGACCCGAGAAUCUGCACGAGGAUAUGACCAAGGAAACAAGGACUACAACUCAAGAGAUAGAGGAGCUAACCGUGAACGAGAGAGAGAUUAUGAACGGGAAAGAGAGAGAGGAAGAGAGUACGAGAAAGACCGAGGGAAAGACAGAGAAGUAGAUCGCAACUAUGACAAAGAAAAGGAUCGUGAAUAUGAUAAGCGAAAUGAAAAGUAUUAUGAGAGAUCUCGAGAGCAGCCUCGAGAGAAGAAUGGAGAUUAUGAACGAAAUCGUGACCGGCACCGAGAACGCGAGAGGGAUCAUGACCGAGAAAGGGACCAUGAUAAAGAAAAAGAUUACGACAGACACCGACACAGAGACAAAGAGAGGAAGAAAAGUCGCAGUCGAAGCCGCGAUAGAAAACAUCGUCAUCGAAGUGACAGAUACGUGGAAGAUAGAAAUCCCAGAGAUUUUGCAGAUCUCCUUGAACGGGAGAAGUACAGAAUUAAGAAAGAGAAGAAAAGUGAAAGCAGUGUCAAGUUGACUAAGAGCAGCCUUACCACAGCCACUCCACAAAUUCGAGAGCGGCACCACAGAAGUCGUUCCCGUGACAGAGAGAGGCGGCAUCGUUAUUGAGUUUCUUCCUACCUACAGUAUUUGUAAAACAAAUAAAGUGGAAAUAAUUUAUAUAUUUUCCACUAUUAAUAUUUAAAAGCUCUUAGCAUAGGUUGUCUUGAGCAGUUUAUAAUGAGCUUAAUUAUGAAGCAAAUAAAUUUAUAUAUACUUAUUUUGUAAUAAUUAUUUUUAACAUGCUAAUUUUUAAUAUAAAAAUCAUGUAGCAUGGUCAUUUUUGGCCAUGAUAUUGCAUUUUAUUUCUGCCAUUGGUUUUUGUUUUGAAAAAAUCCUUGGUAGAGCUAUUGAUUGGUUUCCAUGAUGUGUAUAAGGAUGCUGAAAAGGUACUCAAUAUCAGUUUUAAACAGAAAUGAACAAUAACAAUACUGUAUAUCCAGAUACAAGUAUGAAAUUAUCUGUGUAAACUUAUUAGACAUUAUCAGUUAAGGUUGAAUUUGCACAAUAUAAAUUUAUUGCUUUUUUAGUGAUGGUGAGUUCAAAGACUUAUGGUGGUAAUACCAAGCUAAAAAACUCUUGCAGAUGUGAUGCAUUACUCACAUAACAAUUGUGUGCACCCACUGGGGGCUCUGUAAUGCCGCCCUUGACUGUUAAUGUAGUCUGCUUAGAGAAAACGAGUCCUUUAGUGCAGUUCCUUUAUUUUUUGUGGAAUACAUAUAUAUGAAUCUUGGCAUCAAUACAAAACAUGAAAAGGAGUUUAGUAAUAACAUCCUAAGUGAUCAAGGCUAACAAUACUUUUAACUUGGGUUUCUAGCUUUGAAGAAACACAAGAUAUUCAACUUAGAUGUAAUGACUACUACCAUGACAUGUGGGAACUGCGGUAUGGUGCACUCUAGUUGUUUGGUUUGUUACACUGGAUCAAGUGUACUUGCUAAAACAUUGUUAAAUAUGUAGGUUAACUUAGAAUAUGAAGUGAUGGGUAAAUUAUUUUAUAUUGUAGAUAUCAAUUAUUGAAGUUUUAUACUGUUUAAUGUGAAACUUAGGCUGUUCUGUGCCUCUAUUACAGCUUAUAAUAAGCCAUGCUCUUGUAUCAUAUUUCAUGGUUACAGAAAUAAUAAUCAUGCUGUAUACUAAUACAAAAUACCAGUUGCAAUAUGAAUAGAUGUCCACAAUGUAUUGCAGGCGAUGAGUCACAAUAACGUGGCUAAAGUAUGUUGACCAGACCACGCACUAGAAGGUGAAGGGACGACGAUGUUUCAGUCCGUCCUGGACCAUUCUCAAGUCGAUUGUGACAAUCGACUUGAGAAUGGUCCAGGACGGACCGAAACAUUGUCAUCCCUUCACCUUCUAGUGUGUGGUCUGGUCUCCACAAUGUAUUGCAUUGUGUAUUAUUGUCCACAAUUAAUGACAAGAUGAUAUUCAGUGGAUAAGCUUGUGUGUGUGAAGGAAUCUAACUGUAGCAAGUCAUGCAUGUAUUACAGGUUGUUACCAUUGCUCUUCUAGAAAUGAUAGUGACAAAGAAAGAAUGGAAAUUUAAAAUGUAAGAAAAGAUCCAAUUUUUAUGCCGUGAAAUCUGUGAAAGUGAUUGCUGUAGUACACAUUUUUAUAAAUAUAACGUUAAAGGUCUGACUGAGAAACAGUUUUUCCCUUUGUGAAAAAGGGAAUAGAAGUUCAUGUCUAAUAAAAAAGAAUAUUUGACAUAAUUUUGGCAUUGUCACUCUUGUCAAGGAUUAUAUAGAUCAGUACAAUCUGAUCAUAAAUCUACUGAUAAGCAAAACCACAAUUGGCAGACAUGUUUGGACAUUAUUAAAGUGAUUUUAUUGUAUAUUGUUAGUUUGUAUUAAGUUUUCAUGUUACAGGUAUUCAAUUAUUUUUUCUUUGUCAGGUAUAUGUAGCUGUAGCUUUAAUAGCACACACUGCCAUACUGCGGCAUAACUUCUUUUUUAUAUUUAUAUAUGUAAAUAGUAUGAAUAUAAAAAAAUCUCACUGUACUGUGUGUCAUUAUUAACCAAGACAUCCUUUGGUAGUUGUGUUAUUUAAAGUGUAAAUGCUCAUGUGAAGACGACAUUACUGUAAUACAGAAAUUAUAGCCUGUAUAGGUUAACCACCGCACUGCACACCUGGUUUCAGCAAAAACUUCAUAGUGCAAUUAAGGCCAUAUUUUUGUUGUUCUUAUAAAUGUUUAGGUAAAGUUAAUGUCAAAAUGUUUACAAACUCAACCAUUUUUAUUUCAAAACAGUGAUGAAAAACAUUAAAAUAUAGCCUAAUUAAAAAAAAAAAGCUGCACAGAGCACCUUGAGGUGCUCUGUGCAAUGCGGUGGUUAAAGCAAACUUUGACACUGUUAGUAAAUAUAGUGAAACAGGUUCAGUACUUAAGAUAAAAUAAUAAUUGUUCUUAGUUUAUUGGGAAAAAUGGGUGAUGGUUUAAUUAUUUUGGUGUAUGUUGGCAUUGAUAAUGGAGUUUCACUUAAGCAAAUGGUAUUUUGAGUAGGAUAUUAUAUAAUUAAAGAUUACUAGGCUGUAAUGUUGCAGUCUUCAAUAAUGUGCAGUUUAACCUGCUAAAAGUUAUUCUGUAAAAUCAUUCAGGUGAUUAUUAGCAAAUUAACUGAAUAUUAGGAAGAUUGAAAGAAGUUCAAAAUAAAAAGGUUAUAAAUAAAUAGUUCAGAAUGUGAUGAAGUUGAAUAUAAUGUAGGUUGUUGUAUUGUGUUUGGUUGAAUAAUGUGGAGGAAAUGUUAUUGACUUUAAUGUGAUGGUGUGCAAGAAAGAGAAAAGAUGUAGGGAGGUGAGCAAGUGCACUAGAGGAACUUAAGGAAUGUGAGCAUGUAGUCUGUAUAAGAAUAUAUGGAAGAUAUUUUCCAUGAUCCUUUUUAGUGGCAGGGAAGGAAGAUUCUGAUUUAUUUAGACAAAGUAAUGACUGGUACUUUUUACUAGGUACAAGUGUGGCAUUUGGUUGAUUGAGACCCAUUCUAAUGGAAGGUAGUAAUAUUAAUUUAUAAGACAAUAAAUGCAACAGUGUAUUGGAUCAUUAGCAAUGCCAUACUGUCAGAUUUCUAGCCUAUACAAAUACUGUAUAAACUUGACCAAGAUGAUGCCUUUAGUAAAGUUUUUUUCCAAGUGGGGGGAAGAGCAGUACAAAUAUUGCUCUGCAUGCAGGAUGCAAACAUGUGUAUUAUGAUGUGCAUCUUGGCUUAUUAAACAUAAAUUGCCAUAUUUUAGAAAUAUAAAGUCAUCUGCUUGCAGUAAGUCAUUUAUUUUUUUUAAGUAGGGAUGGGUCCCUUUUUAAGGUCGAGCCUUAAGACUGCAUGAAUGUUGUACACAAACUGUAACUUUUGACAACUGUACAGUAUUGCAGAGUUUAAUAAGGAAGGCAAUUUUGUUCAAUACAGUAUUUUCAUUUAACAAUUUCUAAAAUGUACAAAAACCUGAUCCAAUCAACAUGUUCCUGACUUGGUUUGUAUUUACAAGCCAGAUUUGGGCUAAUUGUAAAUGUAGCAUUUGAUAAUCAUAUUGCUGUGAAUAAUUAGUUUUGUUUUAUUUUCUGUAAAUAUAACAAAUAAAUUAGUAAUUUUGCUCUUUGUUUAUUGUUUCAUUUAAAAAAUAUAGAUUUCAAUGAAAUAUAUUUGUCCAAACAUGAAUUGGUAUUUUGUUGAUUUUGUAUUGAUAAGUCAUCCAUCCUUAUUGUCAUCAUUUAUACUAAGCUACAUUAUUAAAAAUAAUAAAUUUUG